AAUGAUAUUGCGGUCAGCAUCGAUACCAAUUUAGCCCGGGGACAGAGUGUGGGGGACUAGGAAGAGACCCCCAGAAAGGACACAGGUCACUUGAAGCGUAUCCCAUUCUGUCUCUCCCACUUCAUGUACGUGCAACAGAAAUCAACGUAGAAAUACUCAUUUGCAGUGAACUCAAAAAGAAACCUCUAGUGAAUUGAUUCUUCCUUUCUUUUGAUAGACUUUGUGAAGGAGGCGUGGAGUUUGACCCUGGUCAAUGAGUCUGUCAGUGACCCCAAUAAUCGUAUACUUACACUGACUCAAAUCCGCCUGGAUAUAGCGGCUCAUCAGACAUCACGGACUUCGUGAGUACUAUGGAGCAAAAUACGUUCACCGCCUUAAUUCUAUUUUCUGUGUUUUUUGGGGGAUCUAUAGCUCAGACAGUCCCAGUGACCACCUACGUCACGACACCCAAAGUAGUGGAGGCUAAGCUUGGGGAGGAGGCUCGUUUUUACCUGACCUACACCACCCCCGACAACUCCUCAGAAUUCACCGUCUCUCGGCUGGGCGCCAAUGGCACCGAAGAAAUCCUCAGGGUGGUUGACCUCACCGUCACCACCAACGCAAAUUGGACGAUGGCAGCAAACGUCCAAACCGGCGCCGUGGACGGGGACACACGGCGAGUCAACGUCACCAUCUACCGGACGGACUUCGUGACCCACGAGGGGGACUACGUCGCCAUGGUGACGGGGUCAGAUGGGGCGGCCCAAGACCUGUUUACGAUCAGAACUCUCGCUUCUCCCGAACAGCUCAGCCUAUCAGUCUCAAGCAGAGAUGUGAGUGAAGGAACACCCAUCCAAUUCACCUGUAGUGGAAAUACCGGCAGACCGGAACCCGUCGUCCACCUUCUGCAGCGAGAGACUUAUAACGGAGCCAAUCAGAAUGCGACAUUUCACCGUGUCCUGUCCGACACCAGCUCCAGUGGGUCGUUCCUGGAGAACGGAACCUUCAGUCUCUCUCACAACUUUACCUGGACUCCUACCUGGCAGGAUAACUUGGUGGAGUUCCGGUGCGACAUCUCCUACAACAUUGGUUUGGGUACUGCACUGUCGUCUGCCCAGAGCAAUCAAAUCACUCUCAAUGUCACAUCCACAAAGAUAAUUCAAAUUGAAACCAAACCACAAAUUGUUAGAUACAAAGAGGAAGAUCUGGUUGUCGUCUGCACUCUCAACAAGCCUGAAACACUGCAAAAUCUGUUCUUCCUACAGCUAAAGAGGAGAUCCCCAUCUGGCACCUUAAACAAUGUGGUGUCUGUUACUGGUGCUACGAUACAAUGGCAGGACCAAACCUUACAGAACAGAGCCAACGUGACGGGAACAGUCGCCUCCCCGCCCACUGCGCACCUAAGUAUGGUCAUCCGUAAAGACAGCGUCCAGUGCCCUCUCGACUUCACGGAGUAUGAGUGCAGUUUAUCAGGAUUUGGAACUGGUGCCACCGGCGCGUUUUCUGAAAUCACAUACCCGGUCAAGGUUUCUUACACGGUACAACCCAUGUUGAUUGAAACUCCAAAGGUCAGGGAAGCGGGAUCAGGAGUGGACACCAGUCAGAGAGAAUUCAGAAAUGGAACAGUCAUAGAACUCACGUGUACUGGUCAGAUUGGAAGUGACCAAAAUGCUACUAUCCGGUGGUGUGCUAAGACAGCUGGUGCCCCGACUUUCACCGGGCUGUCGAACGCAGCUGUCCACUCUAUGACCACUUCCGGUCCAAACUGCCAGAACAUCCGGUCCAGUACCGUGACCUACAAUAUCACCAGUAGCGACAUCCGGACAGAGAUCUUGUGCGAGUCGGGGUACUCAAGUCAGUGCAAUUCAGGAACUGCAAAGCAGUUUGUGACCAUCUCACUAGACCUAACUAAAGAUCUUCCAUCUUCGACAACUUCGACGACACCUGAAGUCACCACGCCAUCCACUACCACUUCUACGACCACUCGCAAGGUGGUUACUCAAGGUCAAAACACCGCUGAAUCAAACACUGGAUUGAUUGUGGGCGCGGUGGUGGGCGGGGUCGUAGUCCUGAUCGUGAUCAUUCUGGUGCUUGUUUACUUCCUGAUUCUGAGAAGGAAGUCGGCGGGAGAAUCUUCUACAGAUCUUUCAAAUGACAAUACGACAAAAGCCUCUUCAAAAUCUAGCUCAGGAGGAUCCACAAAUAAUCAAAUACCUGAAAUAAAGAUACAGCCGCGUAAGAAGACUAAUAAGGAGGUCAAAGACACAGAGGGAUAUGAUAACGAGGCUCUAGACGAGGAGCGGGCGGCUGGAACACAGAACGGAGCUAGAGAGUCAAUGGGACUUAGCAAUGGACACAGCAACGGGGUGGCAGACGAACACGUCAACGUCAGGAUGUAAACCAUUUCUUUGGAACUACGCAAGCGAACAUGAUUGCCGUCUUGUCAAUUGGCCAACACAGACUAUGGACAAUAAAGACUACAGGAAGUCCUUUCCCGUUCUUUGCCAGGGUCUUUCCUUUCGUCCUAUUUUGGCACUAGUUUUUUACCAUUUCAGUUGAAUGAAUGUGUCUUUUCAUUUGAAAGGAAUUUUUCCUAUCUGUAUUUCACUAACUAUGCAACGUUGUUAUUGAAAUACAAUGCAGAUAUAAAUUUAAGAAAAACAAAGUCAUACAUGUAAUUGAGUGCGACAAAAAACGACAGUUUUCAAUUUCAUUAAAAAAACUUGCAAUACCUCAGUUAUAUGAUAAUCAUUUUAGGCGUACUGUAAAAUGUUAUUAUCAAUCCCAAAUUACCGAUACCGAACUUCAAAAUUUUGUAACAGAAAAUGACGAAUCACAAUUUACUUUUACAAAAUGAUGACUAACACUUUUGUCUGUUGACAAAAUCAAACGUGCCUUGCUCUUUAUAAGCUAGAAAAAAUGAGCAUAUACAAUAUUUGAAACAUACAAACAUAGUAACUGUUGCAAAUAAGACGAUCAAAAAAAGAUUAUUGCCAUUAUAUUUACAUUGGUUUUAUACAAAACAAGUGCUAUAUUUUUGUGAUACGCUAUGUAUUAAUGAUCAUUCGUCGCUGUGCUUUUGAACAUGGUCGUUGUUUAAAUUUUGAAAUUUGCCUCGAGACUCGGACAUGUACAGUAUCUUACACGUCUUUGAAAUGGAAGUCCAAAUAUUUGCAAGCUUAUGAUAGAUAUGAUGUAACAAAUCAGAUGUUGUGUGUUCUCUGUUGUCAAGUCAAAGAAUUAUUCAAUUUUACUAUUAAUACACCAAUGUAUAUAUACUCGUUUAGUUUUUUGUUAUUGUAAGUUUUUUUUCUACUUUUUUACUAUUAAAAUAUCUGACGUAUCAAACUUGUGGAUUGGUCAUUUUUUAAGAACAUCUACAUGUUCUCUAUUGUCAAAGAAUCAUUCAAUUAAUAAUUAAUAUCAGUGUAUGUUAUUUUAUUUUGACUGUAAUUUUUGUUUAAGUAAGCCAGUUACUGCACACCUCUGCAGUGCUUAGAAUAUGAAUUACAAAUCUAAUCAUUAUUAUUAUUAUUUGAUGUAUUCCAUGUUUCACAUCUUGUCAUCCAAUAAUUUUAUUUACUCACAUAUCUUUUGACAUAUUUUAUAAUUAAUAUUUAUUCAUCUAUUACUCUUAUAUUUUAUAAUUAAUGCUGUAACGAAGUUUUUACCUUUUUUUCUCACAUUUACUUUGUCCGUUGUCCUAUAUCUCGAUUUCACAGAAAUCAGAUUUUUAGUUUUACGAAGAUGUUACUAUCAAUAUAAUGUGCCAUUUCACUUCCGAUUAAUUUUUCUUACUAAUUUACUAGUGUGUGCAUGCUCAUUAUGUGUACGUAAUUAUUGACUUGAUUACGUGAAUAAAUGCCUGUCACG